CAUGACAACGAGUCCGCGCCCCGCGCACAGCUGCUGCUCGGGCGGGACCCAGGCUGGACCGCGGGCCCCGGCCUGGGGGCCACAGCUGCCACCGCCGCCGCCACCUCGUCUCCUCCCCGUCCCCGCCCCGCCCCGCGUCUCCUCGUCUCACUCGGGCCCGCGGCCGGGGUCCCUCCCCGCCGCCCCACCCCGCGCGGAUGCCGAAGGUGAAAGCGCUGCAAUGCGCUCUGGCGCUGGAGAUCCGCUCUGUAACUUGUCCAGGAGUGGUGCUGAAAGACAAGGAGGACAUCUAUCUUAGCAUCUGUGUGUUUGGCCAAUACAAAAAGACACAAUGUGUCCCAGCCAAUUUUCCACUGGUCUUCAAUGCCAGAAUGGUGUUUGAAAAGGUGUUCCCUGAAGCAGUUGACCCUGGAGAUGUGGUUGCACAGCUUGAAUAUGAUACAGCAUUGUUUGAGUUGAUUCAACUAGUUCCACCAGUGGGUGAAACACUGUCUACAUAUGAUGAAAAUACACGAGAUUUCAUGUUCCCGGGUCCAAACCAAAUUUCUGGACACCAUGAUUCAAACCGCCAGGUUACCAUGAGGAGGAUUUCUGGCCUUCGAGGAAUUGCUCCAAAGCUGGAAUUUUCUACAACCUCAGUGAUUACUGAAUGUCUGAUAAGCUCAAGGAAGUGCCGCACUCAGGAUAAAUUUAUUUACCAUACGGCUCCAGUUGAAAAAUCACACGGCAGACUGCAAACCAGAACAUCAAGAUCACAAAAGAAAAAAUCCAAGUCACCUGAGAGAAAUAAAUAUUGCAUAAAUGCAAAAAACUACGAACAGCCUACCAUUUCUUCAAAAUCACACUCUCCAUCUCCCUACACAAAAAGACGCAUGUGUGAGCUAUCUGAAGACACCAGGCGGCGGCUGGCCCAUUUAAAUCUGGGACCCUAUGAAUUCAAAAAAGAAACAGAUAAACCUCCAUUUGUGAUUAGACAUGUCGACCCCCCAAGUCCCAGGGCUGAUGCUUUAUUUGGAUCUUCUGGCAGAGACUGUGAAAGAGAUGGAUGGUCCAGGAUGCACAACGAUCAUGCUCAUCUUGGCUGCUACCGACCCAAGGAUUAUAAGGUUAUCAGGACACCCCAUGGGAGAGACUUUGACGAGUCUUUGGAAAGGUGUGAUGAUUACUUAAGCUCACGGUCAUGCAGCAAGCCCCAGCAUUCAGCAAGGACCUUACUUGUCCAUUCAGCACCCUCAACGAUGCCAAAGCAUUCUCCAAGCCCUGUGUUAAAUCGAGCUUCUCUCAGGGAAAGAUUCCAUUCUGAUUGGUGUUCACCUUCAAACUGCGAUGAGAUCCAUGACCGGGUAAAAAAUGUCUUGAAAUCACAUCAGGCUCAUCAAAGACAUUUAUAUGAUGAGAGAGAUCCAGAGAAAGAAGAUGAACUGGAACUGAAAAGAGGUCUUUUAUACAGAGACUCUGCCUAUGACAGUGACCCAGAGUAUAGCUCAUUUCAGCAGCCACGUGGCACUCUCCAUUUGGAUGAUGGUGAAUACUGGUCUAACAGGGCAGCCUCUUAUAAAGGAAAAUCCCACCGACCCAUCUUUGAGAACAGCAUGGACAAGAUAUACAGGAAUUUGUACAAAAAGGCCUGUAGUUCUGUUUCUCAUACACAGGAAAGCUUCUGAGACCAUCCAUGAUAAACUGUAUGGGUGUCCGUGUCAACUUCUCAAUGAAAAUGUUUGAUGUGAUCAAUAUCUGUAUUCUUUUUUUUUUAAAGAGGUGGUUCUGAAUAGUUAGAUGUGAAUAAGUUUAUUGCUUCAAAUGGUAAAUUAUCACAGGCAGUCCUUUUAUUUUUAAUCACAGACGAGAGUGCUCUGUUCUAAAAGUCAAAGCUCUGCACCAUAAUCACAGCUUCCAAUCUGAUUAUGAGAAGGAUGUUCUGCCACAUAUAGCUCAUAUCUCCAUCUACAAAUCCCAGAAUAGAUUCUCUCUAGAAAUGGUCUGCCUUAAUCACCUUGUGAUUUUCUUUUCAUCUGCUUGAUUGUUUAUCUUGUAUAAGAUUAAUAUGGACUCCUUUUUCUUGGUAAUGAGCAAAAAAGAUAUACUAUACAGAAAUUAGUUUCCUAAGUUUAAAACCCGGAUUUUACUAGUAUUUUCUACUUAGUUCUCCUCCCCAAAAAAGGCUCCUUGUACUUCUUAGCUAAUAAGAAAUAGGGUUUUUUUUUAAGUUUAUAUAAUCAUCCACUUCCUCUUCUUUAAAAGAACUAAGUUACCUACAAUACGGUCAGCUAGAAAUAGCAGUGGCCAUGUGUGACCCAAAAUGUGAAUAACUGAUUUUUAAAAAUAGAGUUCUUUGCAUGAUUUUCUUUUAAGGUCCUAUCUCCUGGUGCAACCAGACUCAGAAAAUAGCUUUUGUUAGCACGUAGAAACUCAGAAAGAAUAAAGGGAUUAUAUUGUAUUUAAAACUCUUUAGAGUUUUCAUAGGUACCAAGUGACCCAGGAAAGUAGUAUCUUUACCUAAAGGACACUUUAAAAACCAUAAAGGGGAGUAAAAUAUUAUACGGAAUGCUUUGUACUGGAAAAUCCAGUAGUUGAUAAAAUUAGCUCCUCUCUACCUGCCUUAUCCACCCCUGUGAGGCCAGUGAGUCUUUGAAGAUAUGAAGAAAUUGGCCACCUCGUAUUUAUCAGAGUAAGUGGAGGGAAAGUAGAGAAUAGCAAAUAAGUAAACUUGGCUGACAAGCUCGAAGAGUUGACUACAAGGUACUGUUCUCUCAUUGAUUCUCCCUAUGGUUAGUUUUACAGUUACGAUUUAAAAAAGAAAAAACUGAACUCCAUUUAAGUUGAAAUUAACAUGUAAAAUUGAGUGAUGUGUUUUGUAUUAGGAGAAA